AUAAUGUUUUGUAUUUAUUCGAAUUCUCGUUUUCUCCUUAAAAUCUCACCCACAUUACUUUCCCGCCAUUCCAUAUACAGGUCCUACACAACAACAUUAGAUCACUUUGAUCAUCUUUUACAAAACUGCACAAACUUAAAACAAAUAAAACAAAUUCAUUCACAAAUCAUACACCAUCUUGAUGCCUUAUCGACUAUAUUUUUGCCAACCAGACUUAUAUCUAUAUACAGCAAGUUUCACAAUGUUUGUGAUGCUCAAAAAGUCUUUCAAUCUUUACCAAAUACUUGUCUUUCUCAUACCAUUAUAUGGAAUUCGAUAUUACGAGCCAAUGUAACGAAUGGGGCGUGUCGAGAAACGGUUCAAGAUUAUGUACGGAUGCGAAAAAUUGGGGUUUUUGUUGAUGGGUUUAGUUUUCCUUUGGUUAUUAGGGCUUGUGCUAUGAUGGGUUGUUUAAAGUUGUGUGCUUUAGUGCAUUGUCAUGUUUUGGUGAUGGGUUUUGGUGGUGAUGUUUACGUUGCGAAUGAAUUGUUGGCGUCGUAUGGAAAUCUUGGAAGUAUGGGGGUUGCACGGAAAGUGUUUGAUGAAAUGUGUGUGAGAAAUCAUGUUUCUUGGAAUACCAUGGUUUCGGGUUUUGCAUCUAGUUAUGAUUGUGAGGGGGCUAUUGAGAUGGUUAAAAGGAUGGAAAGGGAGCGAUGGGAGCCGAAUGAUGUGACUUGGACGUCUUUGUUAUCUAGUCAUGCUAGAUGUGGUCAAUGUCUAGAAACGUUGAGGCUGUAUAAUGUGAUGAGAGGUAGAGGGGUUAGCGCUAGUGGUGAAUUGCUCUCUGUGGUUGCAUCUGUUUGUAAUGAUUCUAAUGUGUUUGAUAAGGGGAGGGAAGUACAUGGGUAUGUUAUAACAGCUGGUUUUGAUAACUAUUCGUUUGCUAAAAACUCGCUUUUGUGUAUGUAUGGGAAGCAUGGAGUUUUUGAAGCUGCCGAAAAGCUUUUUUCGGAGAUUAAAAUGAAAAGUUUGGUGACUUGGAACGGUUUGAUUUCAUCGUAUGCUCAAGUUGGUCUGUGUGAUGAGGCUUACUCUGCAUUUUUUAAGUUGGAGAAGUUAGGAAAUGGUUUGAAGCCAAACGUGAUAAGUUGGAGUGCCGUUAUAAGUGGAUUUGCUUCAAGUGGGAGAUCAAAUGAAUCUUUGAAUCUCUUUAGGAAAAUGCUGCCUUCAAAAGUGUGUCCCAAUGUUGUAACCAUAUCUAGUCUCUUAUCAGCUACUGCAGAUUUAUCUACUGUUAUUUUUGGUAAGGAAAUUCAUGGUUAUAUCAUUAGAAACUUAAUGGAUGAUUAUCUGUUGGUUAGCAACGGAUUAAUAAAUAUGUAUGCUAAAUGCGGUAACCUUAAGGAAGGGCAUAUAGUAUUCACGAAAAUAAAGGUCAAAGAAAUAUGCACCUGGAAUACCAUGAUCAAAGGAUACGGGAUGCAUGGACAUGGUGAGAGUUCCUUAAAAAUCUUUGAACAAAUGAUAAGUAACGGAUAUAAACCCGAUGGGGUUACUUUUGUUUCAUUACUUUCUGCAUGUAGUCAUACAGGGCUUGUUACAGAGGGCCGGAAGCUAUUUAAUCAGAUGAAAACUGAGUUCAGAAUUGAACCUGAGAUGGAGCACUAUGCUUGUAUGGUUGACCUUCUUGGGAGGGCUGGGCUUUUUCAUGAAGCAAGUGAAGUUGCUAGACAAAUGCCGAUAGAACCCAAUGUAUGUGUGUGGGGUGCCCUUCUAAACUCGAGUAGAAUGCACAAGAAUGCAGAUUGGGAUGAGGGGUCGGUUUCUAAGAUACUUGGUACUAGUUCUGCAACUGGCAAUUAUAUGUUACUGUCAAAUAUAUAUGCUCAAAGUGGUCAGUGGGAGGACUCUGCAAAAGUCAGGGUGUCGGCUAGGGUACGAGGUCUAACCAAAGCCCCGGGUCAGAGCUGGAUUGAAUUGAAUAAAAGGGUGCAUAUGUUCACAGCAGGGAAUCUUAUUCAAAGGGAGAUGAUAGAAGUUCAGACACUGCUCAAGACAUUGAGUUUUCAAAUGAAGAUGAAUGGGUACGGUCUCUGUUCACCAUCAUAAAGACUUAGAGGUGGCGAACUGGGUGCAUUGAGCACAUUGGCCUAUGUGUAAUGUAAUACUGUGAAUAAAAUGAUAUAACAAGAUUUAUGCAUAUAAAACUCUGGCCCUUUUAACCCAUA